CCAUGAACUAGUGUCUCCACGUGAGUAUAUCAACAGCAUGAAGGCUGGCAUGACCGACUAAUUGAUUGUUUUAUGAAAGUUAAUCAUCAGUCAGCUGUCUGAAAAGAAGUAGCAGGAAGACGAUGGCGACAGUCCGGAAAAAGGUCGACAAUCGGAUCCGUGUCCAGAUCGAGAAUGGAGUCGCUCUUCAGCAUCGUACUUUGUUCGUUGUGGUGGGAGAUCGUGGAAGAGACCAGGUUGUAAUUCUGCAUCACAUGCUAUCCAAAGCCACUGUCAAAGCACGGCCAUCUGUACUCUGGUGUUACAAAAAAGACCUUGGCUUUAGCAGCAACCGGAAAAAGCGCAUGAGACAGCUGCAAAAGAAGAUUAAAACUGGCACGCUGAAUCUGAACCAGGAUGAUCCAUUUGAGCUGUUCGUCGCUGCAACCAAUAUCCGCUACUGCUACUACAAUGAGACGCACAAGAUCCUGGGAAACACCUAUGGCAUGUGUGUCUUACAGGACUUUGAAGCACUCACUCCUAAUCUCUUGGCAAGAACUAUUGAAACUGUUGAAGGUGGAGGAAUUGUUGUCAUACUUUUACGGACAAUGAACUCUUUGAAGCAGCUGUAUACUAUGACUAUGGAUGUGCACUCUCGAUACAGGACUGAGGCUCAUCAGGAUGUGGUGGGACGGUUCAAUGAGAGGUUUAUUCUUUCCCUUGCAUCCUGCAAAAACUGUGUCGUCAUUGAUGACCAGCUCAGCAUCUUGCCCAUUUCCAGUCACAUGGCAAACAUCAAGCCAGUUCCUCCAAAGACUCAGGAGGAUGGCUUGUCUCCUCGUGAACAGGAGCUUAAAGAUCUGAAGGAGUCCCUUCAGGAAGUUCAGCCUGUGGGUGUGUUGGUAGAUUCUUGCAGGACUAUGGAUCAGGCUAAAGCGGUGCUGAAGUUCAUUGAGGCAAUUUCAGAGAAGACCCUGAGAAGCACUGUGGCUCUGACGGCUGCCCGUGGUCGAGGAAAAUCUGCUGCACUGGGUCUGGCUGUUGCAGGAGCUGUGGCUUUUGGCUACUCCAAUAUCUUUGUAACCUCGCCAAGUCCAGACAACCUUCACACCAUGUUUGAGUUCAUCUUUAAAGGGUUUGAUGCUCUGCAGUAUCAGGAGCAUCUCGACUAUGAAAUCAUCCAGUCUUUGAAUCCAGAGUUCAACAAAGCAGUGGUGCGAGUGAACAUCUACAAAGAGCAUCGUCAGACAAUUCAGUACAUUCAUCCAGGUGAUGCAGUGAAGCUGGGCCAAGCUGAACUGCUGGUCAUCGAUGAGGCUGCGGCAAUCCCUCUUCCUCUGGUUAAGAACCUGCUGGGACCUUAUCUGGUCUUCAUGGCCUCCACCGUCAACGGGUACGAGGGCACAGGACGUUCUCUUUCCCUCAAACUGAUUCAGCAGUUACGACAGCAGAGUGCAGACAGCCAGCAGAGUUUAUCAGCAGAGAACAGGACGGCUAACACGGCGAGACUCGCAGCAGCGCGCUCUCUCCACGAGGUUUCUCUUCAUGAGUCUAUUCGAUACGCUCCUGGAGACGCCGUGGAGAAGUGGCUGAAUGAGCUGCUCUGUCUGGACUGUCUCAACAUUCCCAGGCUCAUUUCUGGCUGCCCACUUCCACAGACAUGUGACCUAUAUUACGUCAACAGAGACACACUUUUCUGUUACCACAAGGCCUCCGAGGCUUUCCUGCAGAGGUUGAUGGCCCUCUACGUGGCAUCACAUUACAAGAAUUCUCCCAACGACCUGCAGAUGUUGUCUGAUGCUCCGGCCCAUCACCUCUUCUGCCUUUUACCACCUGUCCCUCCAACACAAAACUCUCUACCUGAGGUUCUUGCUGUGGUGCAGGUGUGUUUGGAGGGAGAGAUCUCUCGGCAGUCCAUCCUCAACAGUCUGUCAAGAGGAAAAAAGGCCUCUGGUGACCUCAUUCCCUGGACAGUCUCAGAACAAUUCCAAGACCCAGAGUUUGGCAGUCUGUCCGGAGGUAGAGUGGUGCGAAUAGCUGUCAAUCCUGACUACCAAGGGAUGGGUUACGGCUCCAGAGCUCUUCAGCUGUUGCAGAUGUACUACGAGGGAAAGUUCCCAACUAUGGAUGAAGAUGCUCCUUCAAACCAUAAUGAAAUCACCUCCGUCAGCAGUGAGGCUGUUAGUCUUCUGGAGGAGGUGAUCACUCCAAGGAAAGAACUACCACCCCUACUGCUGAAGCUUAGUGAGAGAAGAGCUGAAAGACUGGACUACCUUGGAGUUUCUUAUGGCCUUACAGCACAGCUGCUCAAAUUUUGGAAAAAAGCAGGAUAUACUCCAGUCUACCUAAGACAAACUCCUAAUGAUCUGACAGGAGAGCAUUCUUGUGUGAUGUUGAAGGAGCUAAAUGCAGAUGAAGCCUCGGAGCAGGGCCAGUGGCUGUCUGCCUUCUGGAAAGAUUUCCGCCGGCGCUUCUUGUCUCUUCUCUCCUACCAGUUCAGUAACUUUACUCCAAGCCUGGCCCUCAACAUCCUGCAGAAUAAGAAAUCCAAGGAGGAAAUGAGCACACUCAGCAGCUCUGAGCUGGCGAUGUAUUUCAGUCCUUACGACCUCAAGCGUCUGGAGUUGUAUUCCAGGAGCAUGGUGGACUAUCACCUCAUCAUGGACUUGAUUCCAACUGUUGCGCGCAUGUUUUUCCUCAAGCAGCUAGGCGACGUCUCCCUCUCAGUCGCACAGUGUGCUUUACUUUUAGGAGUCGGUUUGCAGCACAAAUCAGUAGACCAGCUGGAGAAGGAAAUUGACCUCCCAAGCUCACAGCUCAUGGGUCUCUUCAACCGACUUAUCCGGAAAUUUGUGCAAGUCUUCAACGGCAUCCACGAGAAAGCAAUCGAAGCACAGAUGGUAACUACGAAAGAGGUUACCAUGGAGCCAACUGUUCGAAGCCUUAAUGAAGAUCUGACUGAAGCAGCCAAAGAGUUUGAAGAGCGACAUAAGCAGGACAUAGAAAAAGUGAAAGAGAUGGACCUUGAACAGUACAGGAUCCGUGGGGAUGAUGAUGAGUGGGACCAGGUGUUGAAGAAAGCAGGUACCACAGCGAUGGUCAGCAUCAAGAGUGACAAGAAGAGGAAAAUGGAUGGAGGAAACACAAUAACGAGCAAUGGAGGUCCCAAGCAGGGGAAACUAAAAAAGAAGGAAAUGCAUCAUGGGAAAUUCAAGAAGAACAAGGACAAACAUGGCAAAUUUGGAAAGAAGGCGUGACAGUCAAUGGUACUGCAUUGACAG